AUGACUGAGGAAAGAAGGAACCACGAUCGUGGAAAAAAAAAAAAAAAAAAAAAGCCACGGCGCAUGCGGCCUAUUUGCUGCACCAGCCGCACCGGAUGUAAGCCCAAGGACAAGGCCAUUGAGAAGUUCAUCAUUGGGAACAUAGGAGAGGCGGCAGCCAUUAGGGACAUUUCCGAAGUGUGUGUCUUUCACACCUACGGGCUUCCCAGGCUGUGCGUGGGACUGUUGACAGGUGACUGCGUGACUUGUGCCACUCACAGCAAGGUGGUCAGGAGUCUCUCUUGUGAGGCCUGCAAGGACCAAACAGCCCCACCCCGAUUUAGACCUGUGGGUGCUGCCCCACGACCCCCACCAAACCCCAUGGAAAGUCCUUAA